AUGUUCAUUAAAAUCAUUCAGUAUCAAGUCGUGGAUGGUAGUCAGAGUGGGGAUAAAAAACCGUUUGUGCUCUACACGAUUCAAGUAUUUUCCAACCAUCAGGCCAAGGAGUUUUCCGAUAAACCAGCCGCCCUCGUGAAUAAGAAUCAUGAUGUGCAGAAUUUAAUAAUGAUGGUUCAUUCAUCAGAAGAAGCUCUUAUUCCUUCCGUUCAUGCUCCUAAUGAUGAUUGUAAUACAAGUGCUAGUAACAAAGAUCAUCUUGAAAUCAUCAACAUGUCUUCGGGUCAGCAUAACGAAGUAACAGUAACUUCCAAGAAGAAGGGAACACUGGCAACUCCCUUUGAUCGGGAAUAUCAGUACUCACAUUUUGAGGAAUUUGAUGAUGAUAACAUGACGAAUACAGCCUCAACACCUGCGUCAUCUUCAUCAUCGUCAUCAUUGAAUGAAAAUCAAAGUAAUGGACAUACUUUUGCUGCUUUAAUUGAAUCUGGCUCGGAGAGUUUCAACAGUAGUAACCAUGGCAAUAUUACUGCCUCAUCUUCAAUGAAUUCAAUAGCUUCGUUUUAUAGACAUUUGGACAGUGGAGAUUGUAUCAUAGCAAAACGAUAUAGCGAAAUAUUGGAAUUUCAUCAACGAUUUAUUGAAUUAUCUCCAGAUUUUGCACGAGAAUUGAAACCCUUCUUUCCGAAAAAGUUAAUCAUGGGAAAUUUGAAAAAAGAAAAUAUUGAAAAGAGAGUAUCACAAUUGAAUGAAUAUUUUGAAAAGAUGGUUCAAAUACUUGAUAUAGAAAUUAGGUCAAACACGAAAUUACAAAAACUAGUGUCACACUUCUUUCUGGACAAACCUGUCGUGUUAUCGACAAGUAACCCAACAAAAAAUCAACACCGAAAUGUGGAUUGGAUGCUUCACAAAGCACCAAAAAUAAGGAAUAAUUGGUUCUUUUCUGCCCCUAACGGAUUUGAACGAUUCAACAAAACAUUUGAUAGAAGGACUGAGUUUAUUUCACCCAUUUUCCAAGGAGUUUCGAUUGAACAACUCCUGACCACAUGGGAAAUAUUUAUUUCCAAACAAGAGAAGGUUGAAUUGUUGGACAGCAAUACAGAAUUUUAUCUCUUCACGUAUCGACAAGCAACAUCGUUAAUUUAUGAUUAUAUUACGGUGCAAUUUGUUCAAGAUAAGCAAACAAUGCCCUCUCCCGCAACGAUUGAUGAAAAAUCAUCUCCUGCUGUAAAUGAACAAGAAAUAGCAAAUCAAGAUGAACGGGAUGCAGAUAAUCUUAGUGAUAUUACCCCUCCAAGUUUUGGUGAUGAUGUUGUGGACAUUUUGAGGCGUUACAGCAUCAGAAAAUCAACCGCCCCUACUAACUCUCCCAAAGCCAAUUCAUCGUCGAUCAGCACUAUGACCAAUGUGACAAAAUUCAGUAUGCUAGUUUACUCAAGAUCUGCCAUUGAUUUCAGUGAUACACACGAAAAGAGAGUGAAAACGUGGUUAGUAGAAUUCAGAAACAUGAUGAUCAAGGAGUUUUCAAAUGUUCGAUUUGCGAACACUUUUGCUUGA